GCGAUGCUUGUCUGUGAGCUGAGGCGGUUCUGGCUGGCAGAGCAGUCUGGAGGCGGUCCAGGGUGCUGUGGAGACUGGGGGCUCCCCAGGUUUGAAACAAAGACCUUGUGGGCAGCUCCCCUGAGCCCAGGCCGGCAGGAUGGCGGUGUAGUCCAAGUGAGGCCACAGGCAGGAUGGCUGGUGCUCAGAGGAGCCACCUGUGAUUCGGAUCCCCGGCUGCAGCUCAGUCUCUUGACGAUGAAGUGGCCGAGGUGAAGCCAGGCCAGGUCCCAUGGCCAGCUCAGGGGCAACGGCACAAUGGGCUGGGUCAAACCUGGGGCAAGGGCCCCGAAGGCGGCGCUGGGCUUGGGCCGAGGAACAAGAUGCAGACGGAAGAGCUGACCAGGGCUGGAGAAACAAACAGUCUCUUCCUGAAGCUACCACUCCUGAGCUCCUAGAGGACUUCCGCCGGGCACAGGAGCACCUGCCACCCCUGGAGUGGGACCCAGACAUGCAGGGCUCCGAAGAGUCUUCUGCAGAAGAGACUGAAGCUGACGAUGUGAGCAGCCCAGAGGGUUCCCCCAUGCCUCUGCCCUGGCUCUCCAGGCACAGUCAUCGGCUGGGCCUGUCUGAUGAGGAGCUGGAUGAGACCCCUGGGAGCCCUGAGGUGGACUUAGCCGGAGAGAGUAGUACAGAACUGGAGUGUGAAGACCAGGGAGAUCCCAGCCCUCCGGUUGCAGGACAGGAGCCAGCCAGAGGCUGGGUUGCCUCUAUCAAACAAGGCAGUAACUACAGACCUUCAGAGCAUCCAGAGGCCCAGCCAUCUGUUGAACACAGCCGCACAAAGUCUUGGAGCAGUGCGACCGUGGGCCUCGGUCAACCUAGUGACAGCCUUGGUUCUACCUGGGAAGGAGACACCAAUGUCCCCCAGCCUGCCACCUUGCCUGAAGCCCUGCCACAGAGUCCAUGCCACAACCUUCUCCACCCAGAUGACAGAAAUGAAGGUGACGUUGCUCCGGCAACACCCACAGAAUUCCGGGACUCCUUAGCAGCACCAGCCCGGAAUCCUGAGUGCUCUGCUGGCACAUGGGGUCGAGAAACCACCAGCCUACCCAGCUCUCGGCCUGAGGACCAAAGCUGGAAGAGAACUAAGGCAUCACCUAAGCCACUGCCCUCCCGGUUUACUGGCUCUGUUAGCCCCCUGAGUACUCGGCUUGGGGCAGUAAACAAAGUUGUGUCACAGCACAAGCAGGGAGCCACCGUGGCUGGCCACUCUUCUUCACGGGUUCCUAAGUAUGGCAGGGGGCGCCUGAACUACCCACUCCCUGACUUCUCCAAGGUGGGGCCCCGGGUGAGGUUUCCCAAAGAUGAGAACUACCGACCCCCAAAAUCCAGAGGCCACAAUAGGCAACAAGGCUCUACCAGACCCCUCAUCUUCAAGUCGCCAGCUGAGAUCGUCCGGGAUGUACUGUUGAGUAGCGGAGACACGCCCCUGGCCAAGGAAUCUUCUCUUGCUCACCCCAUCACCAGGGUGCCCCAGGAGUUCCAGACACCGGAGCAAGCCACCGAGCUAGUUCAUCAGCUCCAGGAGGACUACCACAAGCUCCUCACCAAGUAUGCGGAGGCUGAGAACACCAUCGACCAACUUCGCCUUGGGGCCAAGGUGCACCUGUAUUCAGACCCGCCCCAGCCCAGUCAGAGCUUCUGCUCUGGGUCAAUGCCACAGGGAAGCAAGGUCUUAUCUUUCUCUAUCCCGCAACCCAGAUCAGCAGAGUGGUGGCCUGACCCUGCCCAGGAUUCACAGGCCUCUGAGGCCACAGGGUGGCCGUUCCCACGAUCAGACCUGAGUCCCUCCUCGUCCCCCAGCAUGGCCACUCCAGGGCGGCCUCAUCAGAGCCAGGGCGUUGCUGUAGACCAGCCCUCCACAGGACAGACCCAGGCACUGACCUCUCAGGCCAGCUGGCUCCUGGCCAAGGUGGAAUCCUUCGAGGAACUGGUACUGGCCGGACACCUCCCACCCCAGGACCAAAUCAAGAGCUUGGAGCAACUGAGGGCAGCCCACAUGGCCCUAGAGGCAGAGUACGUGCAGGCCUGCGGAGAAGACCUGGACCCUCAGCUUGAUGCCUCCCAGGGGAGUCCCAGGACUCUCAACCUCUGCAGGGAGCUGGAAGCAGAGAUAUACCACCUGGGACAGCGCCUGGAAGAGCUGCAGGACCAUAUAGACCAGACCCAAGCAGAGCCACAGCCAUGCGGGACAGACCUGCAGGACAGCACCCCAACCAUACCCUUCCAGCCCCAGCCAGCUCACCUACCCAUGCCUUCAGGACCAGUCUCCCCGCCAGAUGUGCAAACCUACCAGGAGCCUGUCACCGCCACCACUUCCCCUGGAAACUCCUGCAUGCUCCCCAUGCCCAAGGAGGUAAACCUGGGCAUCAGGACAGAGGGAAGCCCAAGAGGUCUCCUGGUCCCACUCAAGGACAGGAAGCUUCAGGCGGAGCAGGACUUCCAUGGCCUUCUGGAGAGAUACCUCAGUGUGAAGUCCCUCCCUGAAGCCUUGAGGGUUGAAGACGAGGAGGACCCGGAGGAGGAGGAGGAAGAGCAGCAGGAUCACUCUGACACCUUGAAAGUUGAUGGUUCAGCUGCAGCUCCAGGAAAAACAGAAGCCAGGAGGGCAUCACCAGGACAGCACCCAGCACAGGCUGAGGAAAGACACAGGGCUGCUAUCCAGGAGGAUGAGGAACAGAUGGUAUCUAUGAAGUCAUCAAACUUCCAGCCAUCCAUGGCCAGAAAUAGAUACACGCCAGUCCUGGAUACAGCUGGAGUGGCUCAAGGGGGCACCAAACCCAUGCCAUCACAUCAGAGCAGUCUGACCAGCCUGGAAGAGAGCAGGCCCUCAGAUCUCCUCCCUCGCAAAGCCCUGCUUCGGGCUGGUGGGCCCCACACUGAGGAGCCCUGGAUGGUGUCUCCAGAGACAGACAGUGGCUUCGUGGGUUCAGAAACCAGCAUUGUGUCACCCUUUACCCAGACCCCAGAGCACCAGAUCUCCCAUAUCAGCACCCCAGGCCCAUCAGCUCAACACCUCACUGUCUCUGCCCCUGGUGACGGGACCUCCCAUCCCAAGGUUAAGGGACCCGUGGUUCCCAGAAGAGCCACUGAGGCUGGCAUACCCAGAAGCCUAACCCAGCGGCAUCACUCCAGCCUGAGCUCUCUCCGGAGAGGGGCACAGAGCUGCCACCUAGAGGAGACACCAGUGGCUAAGAUAGCCGUUCCCAGGUCUGAGUUCAAGAGACAGAAGCAGAUUUCCAAACAGCACCUUCCUAGUGGAACAACCAGCCCCGACUCUGCCCCAGCUCCCACAGCUGCCUCCAUGCCGCAUGGGUCAGCAGAGAGCACGGCCAACCUCCUCCUCACCAGGACAGAGCGCGACCAGGCCAUCAAGGAUCUGCAGGCAGAGGUGUCACGGCUCCGCCUACAACUGGAGGACAGCCUGCACCGGCCACGCCCAGACAGCCCAGCUUGUGUGGCUCCUGCUUUCAACCGCUCCACCCAGACCCGGAAAAAGCUGGUGGAUUCCUCACCCUCCUGGGGCUCCCGCUAUGGCAGUAAAUCCACAGAGAGGCUGUUUGGGGAGCCUAGUGGUGCAGAGCCAGCUGAGCCAAUGGGAAGAAGGCGAGUCAGGUCCUCCUCGGUGCCUCGGGAUGUGCCCAGACUGUCAAGCUCUGAAUCUGAAUCGCCUGCCCCUCGGCUAUCAUCUGAGAAGAGCAGAACAUUUGAGGAGCAUCCCCAGGCUGCCCAGUGGGGGACGAGACCACUGGGCAGCACGAAGCGGAGGGAAAGAGUCUCCUUCCGGGGUCAAUACACAGGCCAGGAGUACCACAUUCUGUCCCCAAAAACCAACCUGAAGGACAGUGGCACAGCCUCCUGUCCCCACUGCCAGCCCAUUAGGACCCAGGAUACAGGCAGUGCUGUCUCUAGAGAGCCACUGGGAUCAUCUGCUGCUGACACCCUCCGCUGUUCCCUGUGUGGUGGAGUCAAGCCCUCUGCAGAAGCAGAUGGCCCCAGCUCAGCCCCCUCAGAGAAGAACACCCCCCAGAAACCUGCACCUUCUACCCCCAGCCUCAAGCGGAAGAAGAGGCAGACGGACUCGCCAGUGCGAAUGCUCCCUGGACUCUGGUACCUGGCUGCUGCACCCCCAGCCCCAGCCCCACCAGCCUUGGCCUACAUCUCGGCUCCCAUUAUGCCUUAUCCACCACCCACUGUGUACUAUGCAACCCCAGCACCUACCUCAGUCCACACAGCUUCCCCACAGCCUGCUCAGGGACCUCGGAGAACCCGGCACUCUGUCCAGCUGGGUCUGAAUGACCUGGAGGAUCUGCAGGCUGCCCUCAGGGAGGCUGCACGGGCUGCUGAGAACGUCCGCUCCACCACCCGCCAGCUGAGCCACUCCCUGUCUGCAGACCUGCGCCAUGCCCGUAGCCUGAGAGGCUCCUGCCUCUUCUGACUCCCUGCAGUCUCCGAGACCCAGUAGGCAGGCAGGCGCUGUUUCCCGGUCAACAGUCUCCUGGUACCACUGAUGCCCGGAAGAUGUCAUGCCCUCCUCCCCAGGAGUGCCAUCUGCCUGGUUCAUGUGGCGUGUUUAAAGUGGAAAGACAUUGGCCUGGUCAGGAGUGGAUGAAUGUCCAGGGGUCAGCUCUGUCUAACAGGCAGGCAUAGUGGCCAUAGCUCCCUCUGUCCAGUCAGAGCCUCUGACUCUCCUCAUUGUCUCCUGCCCAUGUGCUUCUGCAGCUGAUAAUAUGGCUCUUCCUGGACAGAAUGUCCUUGCACUGGGGAGCUAACUUGAGCUUGGACCCAUCUCAGAAGGCCAGAGAGGACAAGAGAAGGUUGGGGUCUCUGAAGCAUUUUGGUCACUGCCUGUAGUAGGCACUCGGAGCAGGCACUAUCAGGAAGAACCAGUUAGGGACUUUGUUCCUAGUAACUAGUGGGCAGGGGUAGUACUUGGGGACCCGUAAAUGUCUUGUGACAGAGGCCUCAGAUGACACAUGCCAAGCUCUUCUGUGGUUACAGUUUUUCCCAUGAGUCCACAGAGUACAGCAACUCAUGUAGGGCCAGGACGUACCCAGCAGCCUCAGACCUUCCCACUAUGUCUUUGGAUUUUGUUAGCAUCCACUAGAGGACCAAGCUACCUGCCAGGCCCUGGCUUAAGACCGAGAGACCAGGCCAGCACCCCUUCCCCCGUCCCAUAGCAGAGUGACCUCAACAUUUCUGGGAUGUGUGUGUUAUCACAGAUUGUUUAUAUAUUUGAGGCAUUUAAAAAUCUAUUUUUGUUAUAAAAGCAAAUGAAGGAAAAUAAAUAAUGAACUUAAGAAGGGGAAAAGAAAUCCCCA